ACAUCCUCAUUCAGAAACCCUUUGAAAACCCUAAUUUCAAAUCCUUCUCUCUUUACCCUUCUACCAAUGGCUUCCGGUGACUUGCCCCUUGUUUCAAAUGAAACCCACCAGAACGAGAACCCUAUCCUUGCUGCCACCGUCGAUCAAGACGGAGAUACAGCUACGGACGUUGCGGAUGAGGGGUCCUUCACCUACUCAAACACUGAGAAUCCAUGCCUCAAUUUCUUCUUCCACACUGUGCCCGCCAUGCCGUCUGAUGUUAUCAUUGAUCGGUUGGAAGAGGCAUGGUCUUAUGAUCCUUUAACCACUCUCAAGCUAAUCUGCAACCUGAGAGGAGUCCGUGGGACUGGAAAGUGUGAUAAGGAAGGGUUUUAUGUGGCUGCUUUGUGGUUGCACAGGAACCACCCUAAAACCCUAGCCUGCAACGUUGGGGUUUUUGCGAAUUUCGGGUACUACAAGGAUUUACUGGAGAUUCUUUACCGGCUCUUGGAAGGGGAGAAAGUAAGGGAAAUCUCAAAGCACGAGUGGAAAGUGAAUAGGGAAAAGAAAAGGGAAGCUUUCAGAAUCAACAGGAGAACCAAAGGUAAUAGGCGUAGUGAGAGACCUAAGGAUGUUACUCUGUUUGAUUUCUUUCCGAAGGAUUUCAAGAUGACCCAGAACGCAAGAAAGGUGAAGCUGCAGAAGGAGAGCGCCAGAGCAUUGAGGAAGGAAAAGAAUUACAAAAAGGCACAGAAGGCCUACGUGAGGUAUACUACAGAUCCCAUGUAUAACUUUUUGUAUGAUUGUGUAGCAGACUUGUUUGCUGAAGCUUUGACACAGGAUUUGAAAUAUUUGAGUUCGGGGGAGGUUAGGAAGAUUAGUCUUGCUUCGAAGUGGUGUCCAUCUCUUAAUUCCUCGUAUGAUAAGGCUACAUCUAUUUGUGAAAUGAUAGCUAGGAAGGUUUUUCCUAGGGAGUCUGAUUCGGAAUAUGAGGGAAUUGAGGAGGCUCAUUAUGCGUUUAGAGUAAGAGAUAGGUUGAGAAAGGAAGUUCUUGUACCUUUGCGUAAAGCUCUUGAAUUACCUGAGGUGUAUAUGUGUUCCAAUCAGUGGAGUACCCUGCCUUACAACAGGGUACAUUCUGUUGCAAUGAAGGAUUACAAAGAACAAUUCUUGAGACAUGACAACAAAAAGUUUAGAGGUUAUCUUGAGGAUGUGAGGAAAGGGGAUGAGACAAUUGCUGCCGGAGCAUUGCUUCCCCAUGAAAUCAUAGCUUCUUUGAAGAAGGGAUCGUAUAGUGGAAACGUUGCAGAGCUGCAAUGGUCGAGAAUGGUGGAGGACUUGAAAAAGAAGGGGAAAUUUAAUAACUGCUUAGCUCUUUGUAAUGUCUCCGACUACGGGACUCCAAUGCAGGUAUCUGCAGCCCUUGAACUGCUGAUUUCAGAACUGAGUGAAGAUCCUUGGAAAGGGAAGGUGAUUACAUUUAGUGAAGAAGCUAAGCUUCACUUGAUUGAAGGGGACAGCCUUUUGUCAAAGACUGAGUUUAUAAGCAAUAUAUUUUUGAGAGAAAAUGCUGAUUUCCAUGAGGUGUUUGAUCUUUUUCUGCAAGUUGCUGUUACUGCUGCCAUGGAAGGAUUGACAGAGGAUGUAAUGUUAAAGAGGGUUUUUGUUUUCAGCGAUAUGGAAUUUAAUCAAGCAUGUUGUGGGUGGGAAACAGAGUAUGAAGUGAUAAAGAGGAAAUUUAGGGAGAAGGGUUUCAACCAUGUUCCGGAGAUUGUGUUUUGGAACCUCAACCACUCCUCAGCUAUGCCUGUGCCUUCUAACCAUAGUGGAGUGGCACUAGUUAGCGGAUUCUCCAAGAACCUGGUCAAGCUUUUCUUGGAGAAUGGAGGCAUUAUUGACCCUGUUUCUGUGAUGGAAAGCGCCAUCUCUGGCGAGAUGUAUCAACAACUUUCAGUUUUUGAUUGACUCUUACAUACCACGGUUUGAAUCCACCUUUCCAAAUAAUAAUAAUAAAAGUAUAAAACUUGCCUCUUAAUUUCUUGUUACUUCAAUUAUCUUCUCUGCCUUGUUUGUGUGAUUGGACUAUGAUGAAAAAGAAAAAAAAGGAACAAGAUUGAUUCACCAAGGAAGGGCUGGUAAUCUCAGAUGGCCGCACUUCAUUCCCCGGAAUGAUUCCUCCAUUCUUUCUGCCGGGAGAUUUCGUACCGCCAAUGAAUCCCUCAAAAGGAAAGAUCCCAUUAAGGAAUUGGAGUUUUGGGGAGGAGAUGAACUAAUCCAUAGGGAUUUUGGUGGAGGAAGGGUCUCCCCUGCCUUGUACCCUUGUUCGUGGGUUGGAGGCAGCAGAGCAUAAAAGCAUUGCUUGGGG